ACGACUUGCUAGAAGACAUGGGAAGCAAAGUUGUCCGAAAGGAAUCAGUCAAAAAACCAGGUGCACCUACUAGAUUAUGGUCUUAUGAAGAUAUUCGCCAAGUACUAGAGGAAAAUACAGGAAUAGACAAUGUUGAGGGGAUAAAAGUGGAUUUGCCUGAGGGUCAUUAUCAUGACAUGAUACGCUUGAGUCCCAAAGCGUUUGCAGAGAUGAAAAGACUCGGAUUUUUUAUAAGCCGGGGUGCAUGCUUUUCUGGAGGUGUACUUAGUUAUCUUUCUAAUGAGUUAAGAGUACUUGAUUGGUCAAACUGUCAUUUACAAUCUUUGCCAUCCAAUUUUCAUGGAGAGAAGCUUGUUGUUUUUAGAAUGUAUCAAGGCUGCAUCAAGGAGAUCAUUAGCAGAAAAUUUAAGAGCUUGACGGUAAUGCAAUUUUUUGUGUGUAAGUUCUUAACCAAAAUCCCAGAUCUUUCGAGUUGCUCAAAUUUAGAGAAAUUGGAUAUUGUGGCGUGUGAAAAUUUAGUUGAAGUUCAUGCUUCAGUUGGAUUCCUGGAUAAGCUUGAUGAUUUGUAUCUUAAUGGAUGCCCUAGCCUGAAGAGUUUUCCAAGGCAUGUAAAGUUGAGAUCUCUAAGAUACCUUACACUUCUUAGUUGCUCAAAACAUCAAAACUUUCCACCACAAAUCGAGUGUAAAAUGGAACUUUUAAGUUCCAUUGAUUUGGAGGCACUCCAAUAUAAGAAUGGCCUUCAUCCAAUAUUAGGUACAUCACUCCUGUGCUUAAUUCGUUAUCUCUAAGACAACACGUUCGUCCAUUGCAAAAUCAAAAGGAGCUUUGUCUCAGUGACUACGCUAUAACACUUGAAGAAGAUGAAGAUGAAUGGGAUUCAUCCGUUAAUGGAUGCUUCACUGGGAUUGAACAUUUGUAUAU